GUGCAGUUCCUUCUUCCCCGAGCCAAGGUCGGAUCAUCUGCUGCGUAGUCCUCCCAAAAAGCGAUCACGUUGUGGGAAUUAGAUGAUCGUCGGCAUUACAGUUGGUUCGUGAAAGCGCGUCUUCUGCUUGUGACUUAAAGCAGCUACUGCCGCCAUCUACUACGUGGACAACGUCAUGGAUACUUUCGUACGAAGGCUCUGAUCAGCUGCCAAAAAUUGGGGGUGUGAAAACACAAACCAACAAGCGAUAACCCAUGGGCGUCAUCGGGCGCGGCUGGGGGUUGGCCGUCCGCCGGCGUUAACAAAUGGCGUCUGUACUAUCGAACAGCUGAGGGAGGAUGGUUUCCGUUAUCUUGUCUCGCCUCGUGAUUCUGAUAUUUGGGACCCUGUAUCCUGCCUAUGCCUCCUACAAAGCAGUCAAGACAAAGAAUGUACGAGAAUAUGUCAAGUGGAUGAUGUACUGGAUUGUGUUUGCUCUUUUCACGUGUGCCGAGACAUUUGCCGAUCUUUUGGUGGCCUUCUGGUUUCCUUUCUACUAUGAGUUGAAAGUACUCUUCGUCUUGUGGCUGCUUUCGCCUGCUACCAAGGGCUCCAGUAUUUUGUACCGAAAAUUCGUGCAUCCUCAACUCCUGCGCAGGGAAGAGGAAAUCGACCAGUUCCUGUUGAAAGCACGCGAUCAAGGCUAUACUGCUGUCGCGCAAUUGGGCAGUAAGGGUCUCAGCUAUGCCGCUGGUGUAGUUAUGCACACUGCUUUGAAAGGUCAAGAAACCCUCGUGAGCCACCUACACAAAGCUGACACGGAGCAGCUCCGAAAGAGAUCCAAGAAACUGGAGUCCGACACAAGUUCCGAGAGUUCCAAGAGUCACGGAGAAGGCCCCCGCCGGUCCACCCGAAAGAGGAUCGCCAAGGACUCCCCAAAGGAUUCCUAGUCAAAUACAACUGUUGCCAUGGA